GGUGAAAGGUUGUGGGAAUGUGUCAAUUUGCUAGUCGCCGGUUGGCAAAGCGGUCUCUCGUCUCUUACUUUCAACUUUGACAGUAGCCCGGUGUAUUAUACCCGAGGUUGGUGUAGCUAGAUCGAUAUCUUAAUUUAAUAAGCGGACAUGGCCAAGAAACGAAGAGAAAGACGAGAGGCCGAUAGUGUUUCGUUAGUAACGUUACACGAAGAACCGAAGACAAAAUUUAACGAGGCACAAACCCUCAAAGAGACUCGAUACACUGGAGGGGGCUCAGCUCGCAUGUCUCUCCUCAUCCUGCUGUCUGUCUUCACCUGCGCUGCUUCUGUCAUGUACCUAGUGUACAGGAAUUUCCCAGAGCUCAACAAUGAUGAGAUGGCUACUAUUAAAAUCCCCAAAGAUAUGGAUGAUGCUAAAGCCUUGGGCACUGUACUUUCCAAAUAUAAAGACACCUACUACACCCAAGUGUUAGUAGCCUACUUUACCACCUAUAUCUUCCUCCAGACAUUUGCAAUCCCUGGAUCCAUCUUCCUCAGCAUCCUGUCUGGUUAUCUCUACCCCUUCCCCCUGGCUCUUUUCCUCGUCUGCCUGUGCUCUGGCCUGGGAGCUUCCUUCUGCUACAUGCUAUCUUAUCUAGUGGGGCGACCAGUGGUCUACAGAUACCUGACAGAGAGAGCCCAGAAAUGGUCCCAGCAGGUAGACAAGCACAGAGAUCAUCUCAUCAAUUACAUCAUAUUUCUGAGGAUCACUCCCUUUCUCCCCAACUGGUUCAUCAACAUCACCUCACCCGUCAUCAACGUGCCUUUGGGGGUCUUCUUCCUUGGUACUUUCUUUGAAAUAUUUGGUGAUCGCCAAGGAAUGCCUUGGCUGUCUUACAAUCCUGACUUCCUCCCUUAUCUCCGACUGUCAGGAGUGGCCCCACCGUCCUUCGUGGCGAUCAACGCUGGUACAACACUGUAUAAACUGACGACAGCUGGGGAGGCAGUGUCCUGGAACUCUCUGAUUGUGCUAGGUGUCCUGGCCGUACUCUCUAUCCUGCCUGUCUGCUUCCAGAAGAAACUGCAGCAGAAGAUGGAGUAGGCAUUAGACAACUCAGCAACUCAUCUGCCUGCCUGAUCCCCCAGCCCAUCCCUUGGCUCAGGAAUGGUACACCCCGCUGUCACUCACAUAGUCCUGCCUGUUGCUGUCCCACACACCUGCUGAGGUUGCUGUGGAAACAUUGCCCGUUGACACAACCCUGACUCAUGUUCCCAAAACAUGUUGUUGUGGCCACCUCAACUUUGUGCUCUACAAAUGACUAACUGGCCUCUGCUCAUCCUCGGGUUUGUUUUCCCAUAUUUGUUAAAUGUUGCUUGCCUGUAAAUUGAAGAUUUUAAGAUUUGUUUUUACUCACAAUGGUUCUCACAAGUUCAAGCUACACUUCCCUCCUUUGUAUUUCUUGAACCGUGUUUUGAAUUGAUUUAAUCUCUUAACCUGUGUGAUAUGGGUGACGUCAAAGCAGUCCUGAUCAGAGUCGCAGUUCAGUGUUUUUGAUUUUCACAACAUUUCUGGACUAUUGUUAUGACUGUUUUAUACACUGGUUAGAUUGUGAACAUAUUAAAUAAUUUAGAAUGUUCUAUCACUUGAAGAUAUUGUUAACACACCACCCUAAAAUGAUCUGUGUGCCAUCAAUGUUGACAUGAAAAAUAUGCAUGUGAACACAU